GCUGUCACUCAGCAUCUCCUCCCCCUGCCAAUGCAUCAGGCUGCUGCUGGUGGAUGUGCAGCACACCGCCUUCUUCCAUCCAGCGACGAGCCAGCCGCGGCGCCUUUAACCAGAAAAAAAACCGGCUAAUGUCUUAUCCCGAAACCGUCAAAAUGACCCAGGGCGUGAUGGGGGUGCUGCCCCGCCAUCGCUAGCUAGCUCCGGUCUGACUCCGGUCCCUCCCGUUCCCUUCUCCACCCCCAAACCGGCAGAGAGAAGGCACCGCUGGGCUUGGCUAGGCUAACGUUUUUUUUUUUAAAUAUUUUUUUUAACUACAAGCGCGACUUUAUAGCUAACAUUUCCUUUCCCCCGGGCGUGAGCCUCUUGCUAGCCGGCUAGCACCGUCGGCUACACCGCGGUGAUAAGCGACGUUUUGUCGGCUCACGAAGAGGGUGAAAAAAAAGCCGAUUUAGUUUGUAUUUUGAACCCAGUGGUGGUUAUUAUUGUUAUUAUUGAGAAGAAGGAGACACGGUACUACCGCCACCUUGUCCGAGGAACAGGGCCACAAGUGGCGGCUUGAGCUCGGCUAGCAAAGCGGGACAAGUUGACAGCGAGGCCCCGGUUGUUGAAGCUUCCCCUCCCCCUUCCUCCGCCGCCGCCGCCGCCGCCACCUCCUCCUCCCCGGCCGGGUCCACUCGUCCCCGUCCCUGCGAGACCGCCCUGCUAGCCCUCCCUGCGCCUUUCCCCCUCGCCCGCCCGCCCGCCCGAGAUUUACAGAAUCGGCCGGGGCGGAGGAAAGCUGAAAAUCCGCCGGGGCGAGGCGAGUGUUUUUCUGGCUCCAAAAGCGGGACUGCCCCCUAAAAAAACGGCAAGACGGGAGGAUGACUCUGGAGUCCAUGAUGGCUUGCUGCCUGAGCGAGGAGGCGAAGGAGUCGAAGCGAAUCAAUGCCGAAAUUGACAAGCAACUUCGCCGAGACAAGCGAGAUUCCAGGAGGGAGCUGAAAUUACUUCUCCUCGGGACGGGCGAAAGCGGCAAGAGCACCUUUAUCAAGCAGAUGAGGAUCAUCCACGGCGCCGGUUACUCUGACGAGGACAAGAGGGGCUUUAUCAGGCUCGUUUACCAAAAUAUUUUCACCUCCAUGCAGGCCAUGAUCCGGGCCACAGAGAACCUAAAGAUCCCCUACAAAUUCGAACAGAACCGGUCUAACGCCAUGCUGGUGAAAGAAGUGGACAUCGAGAAGAUCAACGGCUUUGACCAACCUUACAUCGUAGCCAUCAAAACCCUGUGGGCCGACCCUGGCAUCCAAGAGGCCUACGACCGCCGCCGGGAGUACCAGCUCUCAGACUCGACUAAAUAUUAUCUUAGCGAUUUAGACCGUGUGACGGCGGACGGAUACGUCCCCACCCAGCAAGAUGUGCUCAGGGUCCGUGUUCCCACCACGGGCAUUAUUGAGUAUCCGUUUGAUCUGGAGAAUGUCAUCUUCAGGAUGGUGGAUGUCGGGGGUCAGAGGUCAGAGAGGAGGAAAUGGAUUCACUGCUUUGAGAACGUCACCUCCAUCAUGUUUCUUGUGGCGCUGAGCGAGUACGACCAGGUCCUGGUGGAGUCCGACAACGAGAACCGCAUGGAAGAGAGUAAAGCUCUGUUCAGGACGAUCAUCACCUACCCGUGGUUCCAGAACUCCUCCGUCAUCCUCUUCCUCAACAAGAAGGACCUGUUGGAGGAGAAGAUCUCAUACUCGCACCUGGUUGACUAUUUCCCAGAGUUUGAUGGCCCCCAGCGGGACGCGCAGGCGGCGCGGGAGUUCAUCCUGAAGAUGUUUGUGGACUUGAACCCCGACAGCGACAAGAUCAUCUACUCUCACUUCACGUGCGCCACGGACACCGAGAACAUCCGCUUUGUGUUUGCGGCCGUCAAAGACACCAUCCUGCAGCUCAACCUCAAAGAGUACAACCUGGUGUGAGCGAGGCGGCGCCGCUCCUGUCGCACAAAAAGGCACGCCACCUUUUUCAGAGUGCACUCAACUUUUGAGCACCAUGCCCACACUCUCACACACACACACACACGCCAACAAGUACACACACUCUUCCCACCGCGCACACUCACAACACACCCUUUUUUUGUUGUCGUCUCCAUCCAAGCGCAGCUCUUUCCAAAGCCGCCCCCCCCCCACCCCUCAUCCCUCCCGCCUCGACGGGCAUGGCAACUCUCACACGGUGACUGAAAAGGACGUCGGUGCUUAUUUUUCUGUGUUUGUGACACCCGUGUGUUCCCUUUUUUUGAGAUACGGAAGGACCCCCCCGCCACCCACUCACCCACCCACCCGGAACCAGGCUCCCGUGGCGCGCCGCCACCUGGGGGGGGAGGGGAUUGGAGAGGCUCGCAGGAGGAUUGGGCCUCCACCUCACGUCUCUGAAUGUACCCAGGUGUGAGCCUUGCAGUCGCAAAAAAAACAAAAACAAACAAACAAACAAAAAAAAGCUCUAAAUAGAACUGUGUAAUGCGGUGGAAAUAAAUACGUAACCACAUUUAAAACAUACACGAAAAGCACGAACGGGGGUGGGGGGGGGGGCAAGAAAAUGUGUUUUUAAUCGCUGUUUUUAACGGUAGAAAUUUGUCGCUACCAUUUAGCAAAUCAUGGCGAAAAGGAUAAAAUGUAUUUGAAGACAUUACAUAAGUAUUUUGCUUUUGAUUUAAUCGCACCGCUUCCCUCCUCCAGAUGUUUUCUGUAUGCAUUUAAAGCAGGGGUGUCCAAAGUAGGGACCGGGGGCCUUUUUUUUUUUUUUUUUCAUAUACUCACAUUGCAUUUAAUUUGGUAUUAAUAGGAUAUGUUAAAUGUUACAUUCAUUUGCAAAGCCAGGAUGUUGUGUUGACCCUGGAAGGAUCAAGAGUGCCCUCAGUGAAAACAUUUGGACACCCCUAAUGAUUUACAGGGACAAUCAUGUGACCCUCCCCCCGGCGCUUUUAUUCUGAAAAACACACAGCUCGUCAAAGUAAACACUAGUUUUGUCUUGAUAACGCCGUCCAGUCAGACGCUUCCUGACUUAUAUCAGGAUGUGCUUGUUUUUUUUGUUUUUUUAACUGUAUAGUCACUUUGUGUUAAAAACAAAACGACAAAAAAAAAUAAUUUGAUCGCUUGCUAUUUGAGUGGUGAGAGGGAAAGGGGCGGGGCUACAAUCCUUUCACUGACACUCUCUGACGUCUGCAAUUUUGUGUAUAUUUGUUUGUAAAUACAUAUACACGACACUGAUGUACAAAAAAAAUGCUCCGUGGUACACCAUCUUUGGCAACGACAACAAAAUAGAUAAAAGUAUCACGGGUUUGUUAGCUUAUUAUUAUUUUUUUCCAAUGCUAGUAUCGAAACUGUGAUCAUGUAUUUUGUUGACUUGAUUUAAGAGGACGUAAAAAAAAAAAAAAAUUACAAAAAAAAAAAGUAACAAACAGCAAUUUUCACGAUAUGGUGACAAUUUUAAGAGUAAUUUCUUUUAAUUUAUCUAAUUUAUGGACCAGGUUUGAAGGUGUUGAUAAUUUCGACUGCUUUUGAUGCUGUCAUGUGUUAUUAAUAACGCGCUCCCUUUUUUCUUUUUUUUUUCUCACGACGGAGCCUACUUGAGUCUGAACUGCUGUUAAAAAAAAAAAAGAAUAAUAAUAAUAAUGAAUGUCUGGUAUCAUAAGGACAGUAUAUUUUGCAUUCUAUUUGGGACAAUUCCAUUUGUACUUGGCCGCCAUGGCGUCUCCACCCAGCGUCAUUUUCUUUAGGAGCCGUCACCUUUUAUUUACAAAAAGAGAGUGUAUUUCCUCGAGGUUAUAUAUAAAUAUAUAGAGCGAGAGAGAGACAGCGCUGUAAUGCUUACAUAGACACAAUGUACAAAACAUAAGUGGAUUUUUUUCUAAUGUUGACUUGGAAAUCAAUGCUUGCUGUUUGUAAUUGAACUUUUUUUUUUUUUGCAUUGUUCUUUUCCAGUUAAUUGAGGCUUGCGUUGAUAGUGCCAGUGAAGUGCAUAUAUAUAUAUAUAUAUAUAUACAUAUGUAUGUGUAUAUAUAUAUAUAAUUUUUUUUCAAGUCAUCCUCAUUAAGGGCUAUCACAGUGGGGAGCAUUUGCAGCGUCCAUGCUUUUGUGCAGAAACGGACACGACUUGUGCGCGCGUUAGAAGAGGCGGGAUGUCAAUGCCAACCCCAAAAUGGUGUAUUUUCUGACCGUUUACACGCACUAAGCAGCUUUUUUUUAUCGCGUUUGACAGAUGAGGCCCUGGUGUUCUGCAGUGUUAUCCGCUAGGACCUCAUUUUACUUUCAAAACAAAACACUACAGCCACAAUAAGUAUUGCAUGUUUCCCAAUGUUGGCCUACUAAGUGUUGUCACCGUGUGGUAUGUUCAACACGAAAAUAAUGUGAUGUUUUUUGUUUUGUUUGCCUGUGUAUUAAUUAACCAUUUUCUUUUUGUGUCACUUUCCCACACUGGGGAAAACUCCCCAGCAGAUUUUACGGUAAAAAAAACAAACAGAAUUUUAAGGUAUAAAUAAAAUUUAUUUAUAAUUUGCAAUCAUGCGCUGUAAAAAACAAGGACCGUAGAUUUUACAGUAAAGAAAUGGCAGCUCAGUUGUCAGAAUUUUACUGUUAAACAGAGGCUCUAUUUUUUUAAAUUUACAGUAAUAUACUGUAGAAACAAGGACCGUAGAUUUUAUAGUAAAAAAAAAAAAGAUGCAGCUCAGUCGCCAUAAGUUAACGGUUGCGGUUUUUCAAUUCGUAGUAAUCCGAUCCUUGUCAAUUUUACAGUACAUUUCUGUCAAGUAAUGCCAUUUUUUUUUACUGUAAAAUCUUCUUUUUUUUUCAUAUAGUGCACCAAUCUUCCACUAGUCACAUUAUUUGAGUGGAAAGUCGUACAAAAUACCGCCGACGUUUCCGGACGUAGGGUGGCCCCCCCCUUCCCAUACGUAGAUCUCUCCCUUUGCGUGAAGAAGCGCAUAUAAGAUGCCAAAUAAUCUUACCACAAAUGUAUUCCUAGCCCCUUCCUGCUCCAUCACUGUUAAGAAUAUAAUGGCAAUUAUGCCCCCCCGGGACAUUCACAUUGUCUCCUGAGGCUUGUAGUGUUAGUGCUGGGCUGUACGGCAGUAUAAUGUGAGUGUAUGGCACACUCACUAGCUGUAUUGACACUGUACUGAUACCAAAUAUUGACGUUGGAGUCUGCGCGUCUCCCUCGUCGAAAAAGCCCUCAACGGCGGAGUGGUUGCAUAGAAGCUCCACAACAGUCACAAAGGCGGAAGAAGGCUGCAGCAAAGAUGGGUCCCCAAUUGUCUUGGUCUCAGUGCCAUUGGACCCUGGCCUUCUCUUUGCCGAGGACAGUGUGGUGGCUGUCUGUGCACCAGUCUCCCCACUUUAAAAGAUUCCCACGCACAGGCGUUCUCCUGAAGGCAAUCCCACCAACAGGAGGACAAUCGUACUCGUUUCGAGUGAUCGCCGACGACGACCAAAAAAUUGCGCAACACAUUUUUAAAACGUACCAAUCAAAUUAAAUUUGUUCGGAAAAAGUGCAAAUGUAUGUUUUCAUUAUGUUCCAACUAAAAAAAUUAAUUCUCAGUCAUUUGUUUUAGAACAAACAAAUAAAAAAAACAUCAACUCAAAUUCAAGUUUGAUUAAAAAAGUACAAAUUCAUGUUUUCAAUAUGUUAAAUUAGCUGUCUUGCACACACAAAAAUUCCGGUGCAUUUUAUUUUUUGACAAAACAUGCAUCAAAUUCAAUUUAAUCCAAGAGAAUAUAUAAUUUCGAAAUAAAUUCUGUUUAGGGCCCCAAUUUAGCCCUGCUUAAUCGAAGCAUUAGACACAAGCUUCCUAUUCUAAAAUUAAACAUAUAAAACUACUUUUAAUUCAUUUGUUGUACCAAUCCAGGCACCGUUUUAUGUUCUCCAGCAUCCAUUUGUCCAAAGUCUGUCGAUAUGAUGUGUGAUGUUUUUGUGUACGUUUGGGGGAAAUUGUG